AUGGCUUCAUCUUCGAAAGUCCACCUCUCGCCGUCGCAGAAGCUCGUGUUCCGUGUUCCUGGAAUCACAUCAGAGACUGCCAAUGUGACAAGCGAGCUAUUGCAAAAGAAUCACGAGAAACAUCACAUAUUCUUCAACUAUGCGGGCUUUCAUAAUCAUAUCGCCCACCAUCUCCUCUCUCUAUUCGCCCUUAAUGCAACUGUCGCCGAGCUCAGGCAAGGCUGGGACGACAAUGUGUCGUACCAACGACCAUUGUUGCCGUUCGAGCAGUCCAUUGUGACGGAGAUGCACAAUCCAGAGAGAUACAAGGCCUAUUUGGGCAACGAGAAACACUAUCAUAACUUCCUUGUCUUUUUUGGAGAGGAGAUUAGCCACAAGGGCUGGCAGGAGGUACUUAACGACUACGUAUUCAAUGGAGAUGCGCGGGCAGAUGACAUGCUCGUACGCAUGUUUAGUGGUGUGCUUCACCCAAUUAUCCAUCUAGGCUUCGGCGUCGAGUUUGAGCAGCCUGCUAUUAUUGCAGAGGCUUUGGCCCAAGCUGCCGUUCACCACAACCGGGAAGCGUCACAUUUAAUCGACAGUGAGAAAGCUGCUAAAGCCCAGGGUUCAGAUAGCAAACCCAUCGUCCUGCUCUUGGAUGAGAUCUAUGCAGACCCAGAUCGUGCUUCAAGAAACAUAACCAAGUACGCCAGUCAAGUACAUGUCUCAGAGGAGAACCUGGAAGAAAAAACAGCCGAGAUGAUUAAUGCAGCCGUAUACUUCACCGGUGCCGCGCAAAAUCCGCCUUACCAGGUCAAAUUCGACUUUUUUUACAUACACGCUGUAAACCUUGGCAUCUUUUUCUGCUCAUUUCUACAGCAGCCAUGGCUGUCAAUGCCCAGUAAGACCCGACUCCUUGAAUGGAAAAUCCGCAUGGACUUGGCCAUGUAUGCCUCGCCAAGGCCUCCCGAGCUACUUCUUGACGAGAUUGUUAAUUAUAAGUCAAAAAAAGAUUCAUCCUGGGAGGAUAUAUUUAAGCGGGUCAAGAUCUAUCACGACGACGGGCACGCGUGCAAGCUUGUUCGCGCCCUCGCAAAUGCCGAGCAAUUCUGCAAGAAGUACGAAGACCAGGACGGAUUCGUCAUCAAGGGCGACAUGUGGAGAAAGCUGGGUAAUAUGGCCAUCGACAGUGUGGAAGCUGGCUCGCCAGACUAUGUUCGAGGCGGGGCCUGGUCAAGUGUGCCGUUACGCGAUCCAUCUAAGAUCUGA